AUGUGUCAACAGAUCAUUGGUAAACCACAAGACUGGCAUUAUUCUGAUGUAGUUGUGGCUUAUGGAUCUGGUGGAUUCUCCUCUUCUUUUCCUGGUUAUGCUUCAGGACCAAAAAACAAAUUUUAUUCCGAUAAUGAUGAUAUCACUCAAGAAGUUUUUUCACAAAAUAAUAAUUCUUCACAAGAUGUGAGCGAUGUAACUGAUCUUGUUGUAAGUGACAGAACCUCAAGAAAAAAGCAAUCAAUUGUGCAUUUUCAUUUUACUUUUAAUGAACAAAAAAAUGAAUACAACUGCAACCAUUGCAGCAAAAUUUAUAAAGCUCCAAAAUAUAGUUCCACAUCUACACUUAAUAGGCAUCUCAAUCAAGCUCACAAAGACAUUAUUGAAAAUAGAGAACAAGUUGGACCUAUGGAUAUGUUUGUUAAAGGAAAUGAAAAACUGGUAAUUAUUAUUUUAUUAAGAGCCAUUUUUAUAAUUUGUUACAAAAAUUCUGAACCAUUUUCAGUAGAAGUUUCAUGUUACCAGCAACAAACAAAAG